AUGAUCAUGAAGUUUCUAUGCGUUGUUUUGGUAUUCAUCACUCUCGCGGUUGGCGGUAAUUGCCAGUGCGCCAUACAGGACAUUCAAAUAGCUAGGUCUCGGACCGGAGAAUUGGUCGAAAAUAAGCCGGAGUGGUCGGUGACGAUCAAGAACGAGUGUUCAUGCACUCAAUUGGAUCUACAUCUAGACUGCAACGGAUAUCAAACGGUCAAACUAGUUGACCCUUCUAUAUUGAGCAUAUCCAAUGAUGGUCAAUACUGCCUGGUCAACAAUGGUCAACCCAUCUAUGCCUUCGGAAGUAUCAGCUUCACUUAUGCUUGGGAUACUUCCUUUCCUUUCCGUCCAAUAUCCUCCCAAAUUGCUUGUUCUUAG